CCUCCUCCCCUGGUUCACAAGAAAUCCAAUUGCAUCUCCACUUUGUACCUGGAACACGAUCCAGUCCACCGGUCUUCCUACGUACCCUCUUCUCUCUUGCUCCAUAUAUGGUUCGGCUGUAGCCACGUUUUUUGCUACCUUCAACUUCUCUUCCAUUCUUCACCUUCUACAGCUCAAGCUCUCCCCGACUCUCUACUCUAGUCCCUCCUAUCGUAUUUCGUCAUGGAUCUCGCCAGCCUUAUCACUCCGGGUCCUGAACCCAUCUACAAGUCUCGGGCAUCCUACAGCCCUCCUCCCAGCUCGGCGGGUUCCUACAAGCGCCCGGCUGAAUACGACUCUUACUUCUCAUACUCGCGCGCCCCGCAACCCCCUCUUUCCCCGCCAGUCGAGGACCAGCCCAAGUGCUCUCUUCCCUCUAUCUCUGCUCUCCUGGAAAGUGCAGACAGCGCAUCGCAAUAUGCUGCAAAGCGUCAAAGAACGAGCCCACCCCCGCGCAGGGAGUCUGAGUUCCGCUCGCCUUAUGACUCAGUCUCGACACCAAAUGGCCCUCCUACUCCGCCUUUGCGUCCUGAAUCCGGCUUCCACAGCAGCAACCACUCUCCCUCUGCUUCGUCCGUGACCAGUGGCAAGGCCAUCAAGCUCGAGUCAUACUCGCAAACCCCCGUGACACUGCCCAGCCCGUCCGAUAGAUCCUCGAUCUCCAGCCAGGGCUCUAUCCACCACGUUUCCGCUGCUCCCUACGCUUCUCCUGCCCCCAGUGUGGCCUCUUACUCUUCGCCGGUUGAAUCCUCGGCUCCGUCCACCAUGUACUACCAGAGACCUUCCGGCUCCUACCAGAGCGCUGCCACUGUGCCUACUCCGCCGGCUGCUCCUAUGCCUGCAUCGGCUGCACACCAGCAGAUGAUCACUCCCGUCACUCCGGCCUGGCAGCACCACCACUACUUCCCGCCUUCCAGCUCGGCACCCUACCAACAGAACCAUGAUCGGUACAUCUGCCGGACUUGCCACAAGGCCUUCUCCAGACCAUCCAGCCUGCGCAUCCACUCUCAUAGCCACACCGGCGAGAAGCCAUUCCGCUGCACUCACGCCGGCUGUGGCAAGGCCUUCAGCGUACGAAGCAACAUGAAGCGCCACGAGCGUGGCUGCCACACAGGACGCCCCGUUGCCACAGCCAUGGUAUAAACACUAAGGCUUAAGGACAAGAACAAAAAAGAAAACCGAAACAAAACAAAAACAAAAAAAAAAAGACAACACCCAAGAGCUAUACUGCA